AUGAAAGGCAUACAGAUCAAAGAAUACGUCAAGGGACCAGAAGACCUCAAAGUCCUCGACCUGCCCACACCUACGCCCAAAUCCGACGAGUACCUAAUCGCCAUCCACGCUUCGGCGACCAAUUUCUUCGACCUCCUCCAGAUCCGCGGCAAAUACCAACACCAACCCGCCUUCCCCUGGGUAGCUGGUUCAGAGUUCUCUGGCGUCGUCCUCAAAGCGCCAACCGCACUCGCAGGAGGCAAGACACCAAAGUUCAACGAGGGCGACAGGGUCUUUGGCGCUUCACAAGGCGGCUACGCAACACACAUUGUCUGCACAGAGGAGCGGCUCAAGGGCGUCCCUGAAGGAUGGAGUUAUGAGGAUGCAGCGGGUGUCUUCGUUACAGCGCCGACGAGCUACGCUGGCUUGGUGGUCAGAGCAGGUAUCAAGAAGGGGGACUGGGUACUCGUCCACGCAGCAGCCGGCGGCGUCGGUCUAGCCGCCGUGCAAAUCGCCAAAGCCUUCGGCGCGACCGUCGUCGCCACAGCCGGCACCUCGCACAAACUCGACGUUGCGCGUUCCUUUGGCGCAGACUACGCCGUCUCCUACCGCGACAAGGACUGGCCCGAGCAAGUCAAGAAGCUCACCCCAAAGGGCCGUGGCGUGGAUAUCGUAUACGACCCUGUCGGUCUGAUCGCUCAGUCCAUGAAGUGCACGGCCUGGAACGGCAGACUGCUGGUCAUUGGGUUUGCAGCAGGCGACAUUGAAAAGAUGGCUACCAACCGCAUCUUGCUCAAGAACGUUAGCGUCGUCGGCCUGCAUUGGGGUGCCUAUGCGAUAAAUGAGCCGGAAAUGCAGGACAAGGUAUGGGACGGCAUCUUCCAGCUUGUCAAGGAAGGAAAGUACAGGGGUACUGCUUUUACCGAUACCGAAUAUGUAGGACUAGAGAGUGUGCCUGCCGCGCUCAAGGCGCUGGGUGGACGUGAUAGUUGGGGCAAGGUCGUUGUCAAGGUACCGCAAGAGGGAGCGAGUAAGCUAUAG